GCUACCCGCUCAGAUACUAGCAGUCGCUCGUGACUUCGUGAAUUUGACGACGUGUAUCCGUUCAUCAAUGCUUCUUCGUCAGUUUUUAGUACAUAAAAAAAGUUUCAAUAGAGCAAUAUUCGCCAUGGCUGAACAGUGUCCAACGUGGAAAGAAGCCAAAGCCAAGUAUCUGGAAGAAAACAUCGAAACCCGACGUGGAAAUUAUUUUUGCAAAAAUAAUUUUUUUACGUUGGAAGACAUUCCAACUUGGGCAGAUGAAUCAAAAGAAGUUUCUUCGUCUGCAUCAGUUGAAAAGAAUGGUUUACAGGCCAAUAGAGAUCUCAAUUCAAAAAUAUCUGUUUGGAAAGGAGAUAUAACUCAUUUAGAGGUUGGAGCAAUUGUAAAUGCAGCCAAUAGCAGGUUGGCUGGUGGAGGUGGAGUUGAUGGAGCUAUCCAUAAAGCAGCUGGUCAUUUUCUUCUCAGUGAAUGUAAAUCUAUUAAAAAUGGUUGUCCAACAGGGGAUGCAUUAUUGACAGGAGGAUAUAAAUUACCUGCAAAAUAUGUCAUUCAAACUGUUGGGCCUAUGACUCAUGACCCUGCAUUGCUGUCGGCUUGUUAUGCUAAUAGCCUUAAACUUGCCAAGGAAAACAACCUAAAAUCAAUAGCAUUUCCAUGCAUUUCAACUGGGGUCUAUGGUUUUCCAAACAGAGAUGCAGCUGAAGUAGCACUUUCAGCAGUGCGAAAGUUCCUUGAAUGUGAAGUAUCAUCGGUAGAAAGAGUUAUCUUCUGCGUAUUUUUAGAUCUAGAUUUAAGAUUCUAUAAAGAAUUACUGCCUGAAUAUUUUCCUUCCUGUGGUGAUGUAACAAAACUUGACUAACCUUGAAAACUGUGAUACACUGGACUGGACAUCA